GUCCAGGGCGGGCGCAGGCCCAGGGAGGGGGCGCGGUGUCUCUGGAGUCAGGCGCUCCCUCAGGCCGCGGGCGCGAUGCUGGCUGCUGCGGGUUCCGCGGCGAUGCCGGCGGGGAUGUGACGGGCAGUCCCUCGCCUCACCUGCAGUCCUUGGACCCGUGGGUCACUGGGCGGCCCGCAGUCGGGCCGCAGCAGAGGAGGCAGCGUGACCUCCCCACGAUUCUGUCAAAUUUUAAGAACAAAUGCAUUUUAUAGCUCAUGGAAGAAAAAACACAAAUCAAGACAUUUUUGGGUUCCAAAUUGCCAAAGUAUGGAGCAAAAUCUGUGAGAAGUACACUGCAGCCAAUGCCAAAUGGGACACCUGUUAAUUUAUUGGGAACUUCCAAGAGUAGCAACGUCAAAAGUUACAUCAAAAAUAAUGGCUCUGAUUGUCCAUCAUCCCAUUCAUUUAAUUGGAGAACAGCAACUAAAUACCAGCUCAGUGCACAGAGUGUUGAAGAGCGUAACAGUACUCAAAUUUCACACGAUAAAGUAAUUGAUCCUGAAAAGCAUGCACCUACUCAAGGAAUGUUUGAUAAAAAUGGGAUAAAGGGAGGCUUGAAAAGUAUUUCUUUACUCACAUCAAAGUUAGCAAAGCCAUCCACUAUGUUUGUGUCAUCUACAGAGGAGUUAAACCAAAAGUCUUUGUCUGGACCAUCUAGUUUGGGUAAAUUCACCAAAGGCACAUUAUUAGGAAGGACUUCAUAUUCUUCAGUCAGUGCUCCAAAAUCACAGUUGAAUGGAUUGUAUGGGAACCGUUCAGCUGGUAGCAUACAAAGGCCUAGAGCAAACUCCUGUGCCACCAGAAGCAGUUCUGGAGAAGGCUUAGCACAGUCCCUAGACAAUAUUAAAUCUCUUACUUGUGAAAAAAUGGUAAGGUCACAAAGUUUUUCACAUUCCAUUCAGAAUUCAUUCCUUCCACCUUCAUCUAUAACCAGAUCACAUUCCUUCAAUAGAGCUGCAGAUCUUACAAAGCCUUAUCAGAACCAACAGCUACCCAUUAGAGUGCCUCUGAGGUCAAGUAUGCUAGCAAGAAAUUCCCGACAGUCAGAAGUACUCAAUGGAAAUGAUCACUUAGGGUUUGGAUUUAAUAGGCCUUAUGCUGCUGGUGGAAAAAAGUUGGCUUUACCAAAUGGCCCAGGUGUAACUUCCACUUUGGGUUAUAGGAUGGUUCAUCCCUCUCUACUGAAAUCUAGCCGACCUCCAUUUUCUGGCACUAUCACAGUUGAUGGUAAUAAAAAUUCACCUGCUGAUUCAUGUGUAGAAGAAGAUGCUGAACUUACGGCUGAGGACAGAGCUACUAAUAAGGACCAAGAACUAAUUGAAAAUGAUAGUUAUAGAACAGAAAAUGACCAGACCAUGAAGCAUAAUGCUAAAAUUAGAUACCUGAGUGAUGAUGUGGAUGAUAUUUCCUUGUCGUCUUUGUCAUCUUCUGAUAAGAAUGAUUUAAGUGAAGACUUUAGUGAUGAUUUUAUAGAUAUAGAAGACUCCAACAGAACUAGAAUAACUCCAGAGGAAAUUUCUCUCAAAGAAGAAAAGCAUGAAAAUGCACCAUCGAAGGAUGUAUUUGAUUCCCCCAAGGAAAAUGAAAAAAGUAAAACUGACGAGUGGAUAGAUAUAAGUGUCUCUGACAGGAGUGAAUGUACAAAACAUACUUCUGGAAAUAACUUGAUUUCACCAGAUACAGAUUACAGAGCUGGUUCUUCAUUUGAGCUCUCUCCAUCUGAUAGCUCUGAUGGAACAUACAUGUGGGAUGAAGAGGGUUUGGAGCCCAUUGGAAAUGUCCAUCCAGUUGGGAGCUAUGAGUCUUCAGAAAUGAAUAGCAUAGAUAUUCUGAAUAAUCUUGAAUCAUGUGACCUUGAGGAUGAUGACCUUAUGCUUGAUGUGGAUCUGCCUGAGGAUGCACCUCUUGAAAAUGUGGAGUGUGACAAUAUGAACCGCUUUGACCGGUCAGACAGAAAUGUUCGGCAGUCUCAGGAAGGAUUUUGGAAAAGGCCACCCCAGAGGUGGAGUGGACAGGAGCAUUACCACCUCAGCCAUCCUGACCACUAUCAUCACCAUGGAAAAAGUGACUUGAGCAGAGGCUCUCCCUAUAGAGAAUCUCCUUUGGGUCAUUUUGAAAGCUAUGGCGGGACCCCCUUUUUCCAGGCUCAGAAGAUGUUUGUAGAUGUACCCGAAAAUACAGUGAUACUGGAUGAGAUGACGCUCCGGCACAUGGUCCAAGAUUGUACUGCUGUAAAAACUCAGUUACUCAAACUGAAACGUCUGUUGCAUCAGCAUGAUGGAAGUGGUUCAUUGCACGAUAUUCAACUCUCUUUGCCAUCCAGUCCAGAACCAGAAGAUGGUGAUCAAAUAUAUAAGGCAACUCGGUGUAACUGUCACCAAAAAUCUAAAGAGGAAAAAUGCACAUAUGCUGAUAAAUAUACUCAAACACCCUGGAGAAGAAUUCCUCCUCAAGUACUACAGCCUUCCAGCAGCCUUCCCAGACCCACAGACCACGCCCAGGGAAAACUAAUAAAGCCGCAACAUAUCGAGGCCCACAGUGAAUGCACAAUCCAGGACAUACAGCGGGGUGUUGCACAUCUGGAUGAAAGCUUUACACAUGGCUUACAACAAGAAAGCAGCUAUGGUCUGGAAGACCAGCCUUUUUCUUCAAGCCCACAAUUUGCUGAGGAUGUGGCUAAGAAUACAUCUUCUGAAGCAAACUUGAACAUGACCACGAAUGCUCAAGAGCCUUAUCAUUCGGCAAAUAAUCAAAUUAGUGACAUGCAAUUUGUACCUACUUCCCUUCAGACACUUCCCCAGUCAAGUACAGUAGAUCAUACUAAGAGAGUUGGAAGAAAUCAGUCUUCACUGGAGGGCUGCACAUCCCAGCCCAAGUCCUUACCGCUUUUUAAGCCAUCCAUCUCAAAUUCUUUGGUACCUCCUCCAGUUUCUGAAUCAUCUCCAAGUAGGACUCCCACUUGUAAAAAGUCACCAAUAAUCACACCAUGGAAUUCAUCAAAACUUCAGCCAACAUCUAGUCAAACAAAUCUUGCAAGCAAUCCAAAUCCAAAAGCAUCUAAGCUCCGUCCCCCUUCUGGCUCUUUCAGACAAAAACAAAUAAGCAGCUCCCAACUAGAGCCUCAAAACUUCCAGGCCAAGACAAGCAUCCCAAGGCCUCUAACAAGAAGAAAAGAAAUCAUGCAGAAUCUGAACAGCAAUUUGAAUUCUGGGGAUUGUUUGGCUUCUAAUCGAUACUCCCGUCUUCCUAAACCAAAGAUACAUUAAGUGCACAGCCAUCACCUGCCAAUUUGUUUUUUAAAAAAACAAUCUGUUCUGUAAUAGCUUUAUGUGCAGUUUGCUACCAUGAUGGAGGUUUCAUUGAAAGCUUGCAAAUCUUAAAAUUAAAAUGUGGAAGCUUCUAAUAGUUUGGCUCUUCCAUUUUAUAUCCUGGUUGAAGUACACAGCAUUUGAGCAUAUUUGUCUCAGGUAAACACAAAAGUUUGCUUACCCAUUUCAGAGACCUACAGAAGGCUCUAAUCAUGUUAUCCAUCCCUCUGCACAUCAGAAAGUUCAUAAUAUUCCACUUAGCAGGCAAGAAAAGUGCUUUGUUCAUUUAGUCCUUUUAAGGUCUGUAUUAAAUGUGGUUCUUAGAGCCUCACCCUUUUUCACUUGUCCCUCCUGUGAAUAUGGUUACUGUUUUAACUGAAGAUAUGGUGAUAAUUGAAGAUGGUAGACUGUAAGUAAAAUUCUGGCCAGUGCUUUGUGUAUUCAAAAGGUCUAUGCAAAAGCUUUGUGAUGAAUAAAAGAGAUCAGGCUUUUAAUGGGAAGUCUAUGUAAGUUUUAUUUUUCCUUGCUAGGAUCAGCCAGUUAGUCUCAGUAUUUAUUUAUUUACCACAUAAAGAAACAAAGAUGUUUCAUGUGAUAUAAAAACCAAUUCUAUGUUGCUUUAGCAUCUUGUUUUGCAUGUGUGUGAGUACACACACACACACGUGCACACACACACACGCACACACACCCACCCACCCCAUUUGUAUUUGUUUUUGCUACUCCAUAAAUUUUGGAAAGCUUGGGUUACAUUUUGAAGCCUGUACCUAAAGAUGUAUUCAUUUUGUAACAUGUGUUGUUGGUGCUAGAGUUUUGCUGGUAAUUGUUUUGAACCCUGUAGGCUUAUGGAUCCAUGAUAACUGUUUUAAGGUUCCACAGCUUAUAUUUUAAAUUAAGUCUUUAUUAUAAUAUUUAUAUUUAUUGACUUUCUGCUAAUAUCUGAAGACUGGAAUAAUGGACUUGAAAUGUUUGCACAAACCUUUGAUGAGCUAUAAAUACCCCACAGAAUAGGGAUUGAAACUAUUUUCUAUAGCAAAACAGUUAAAAUAUUUUGAGAAUAAUUAUAAACUUAAGUAAGACUAUCUUGAGAAAGCUGGAAUUCUUAAUACUUUUUGUUUUUCUGAGUUUUCCAGGUUUCCCUUUUAUGUUAGUGUGUUUGGCAGUUUCUUGAAAAGUAGAUUUGGGAUGAAAAAUAGAAUUGGAGAGGGACAUUGUGUUUUAUUAAAAGGUAUUAAAAGCUAUCUUAAUGUUUUAGGAAGGUAGCUGGGGAACCGCCAAGGGACCAUAUACACCAACCGAAUCAUGGUGCGGGCCACUCAUCAGAUGGUUCAAUAAAUUUACCCUCUGUUCUCCCAAAUCAUGUCAUCUUUAGGCAGUUCACCUGUUGCUGCUUUAAUUAGAAUUAAUGUUUUUCAGAUAGCCUUUUACAAAGUCAAUUUUUGUUGUGAUCAGCUGACCAAAACUGUAUCAUAAGGGAUUAUGACCAAAAAGUUAGUCACUCAAAGUUCCAGGGAUUUCAUUUUAAAAAUGGACACUGGUGAAAUUGCCCCUUUUAAGAAAAACAACAGCAAGUGCUUUUGUGGAAAUUUCGAAAGAGCUGUUUACUGUCAUUUUGAUGUAGUCUUCCCUUGCCUACCAGAGGACCAUUUGAGUGAAUUUGCCAUUCACUGGAUACAAAAACCAUUCUUGGAUUUGGUAACAGGUGAGCGACACAAAUCUAGUACCAUAGUCUCAUUCAACAGAGAAGCGCUAAAGUUCAGAAAGAUUUUCACAUAGUCCAGAUAUUGUUAGUGUAAAGUACUCAGACAUAUCAGCAAAGCUCUUCUUUGUUCAUAGAGACAAGAAGUGAUGGCUGGCAGCUGUAAGUGGGUACAUGUGGUGUAUCAUCUUGAAGAGGAACAAAAACUGAUCUCAUAUAUUGCAAAUGGAAUGUUAUCACACUAUAUUUUCCUAAAGUAAACAUUGAUGAAUUGGUUUUGGUUUAUUUAGAAGUUGGUGUAGACUCUUGUGAAAUAUUAUUUACAAGUAGUCCUUUAAUGGAAAAGUUCAAAGCUUUUACUUAUUUUUGACCCCCUAGUCUGAGGGAAAUAUCUUUGUCAUAUAAAAAUGUUGACUCCUGCAAUUUGUUUAUUCCAGUCUUUUUCCUGCUCUAUUUUUUCUCCCUGAUGAAUUUACAGAAAUAUUAACCCAUGAGUUUAUCAACUUCUCUGUGCUUUUGUUGAGCCUCAGUCUUGGCUCAGCAAUAUAAUUAUGAAGCAUAAUAUAUUUAAGAGAAAAAAAUCUAGUAUGCUUGUACAAAACAAGUUUUGCCUGCAGUUUGCUUUUAAAAACUGCAUGAAUAUUUCUUUAAAAACUGCUCCAUAGUAAUUAAGUCAGAAAUGAGGUGAGGAUGUAACUCACCUGAAUAAUCAGGGAUCACUCUCAGAUUUGGCUUGAUCUCUGUUUAGUGCUUCUAUAAGUCAACUCUGUGCCAAAUCCUCCUCUACGGGAACUCAGAUCACUUUUUUUCUGAGUUCUUGUGAUUUGGGUGAAGAUGGCUGCAGUAUAUGAAUUGUAAAUCCUGAAGAAAAAGUUUUGUGGGGGUUUAAGUUUCACAUUUGUGAAUGAGAAAAGUAAUAGAGCAUGUAGAAUUUGACAUUCGGCUGUUGAUGGAAUGGAUGUAUAUCAAAUUCUUUAGAGAAGGCUUGGCCUAAGGAGUUAAUCAAUACAGGUGCAGAUGAUUUUAAGGCAUUAAACAAAGGAUUAUAUAGUUAUAUCAUUUAGAAUGUUUCUAAUAACUGAGACCCUCUAGCAUUUUUCUUUUGGAGUCUCAUUUUAAUUUGUGCAAUAUUUUCAGGCAUAUAGACUACUGUUCAUUGUAUUUAUAUAGACGUUAGGGAACUUAGUAAGUAUUUUAACAAGUAAAAAUCUGAAUAAUGAGAGAAAGUAUCAGAUUUGCACUUUAAAAUAAGCUUAAUUGCUUGGAGUUGUGCCUGAAAUAUCGAAAUGCCUCUUGGGCGUGGCUUUGUUGUUGAAAUGAAUUUCUCUAUAACUGUUGCUGUUUGAAGUACAGCCUUUCACAGAAUUAUAUCCUCAGCAUGUCACUUUACUCAUUAAAGCACUAAGUUCUUUGAAUGUUUCAUGGUACCCUUAAGUAUUUUACUCAAGUGUGUCAAAGAGAACAUGAUCCACCCCCUCCCGUAGCUGUCACUUCUGGUCUUCCUGUAGAUGGUUGUUACAGACACAGAAGUGCACUUCUCAUUUCUGGGCAGAAGGUUUCCUGGUCUCUGGGACACUGACGAUGUAAUUUGGAGUCACCAACUAGGCUUGCAAUGAAGUUCAGUAAGACUGCAGCAUAGUUUCAGUUUACUCUUCUCCUACACAGUAGUUUUCGUGUUUAUAAAUUAGUUCAGGUGGUUAUGUUUGCAUGCCUAUGCAUACAUUUGAAAAUUAAUUAUAGCUGUAAUACAAAUACCUGAUGUUUUUCCUUGAGGAUGAUGGCCUUGCUGUUUUUCUUAAUUCUGAUGCUUGAAUUAUAUUUUCUAAUUUUCUUUCCACACCUCCCUUCAAUUUUUCUGCUGCAGCAAUUUGAAAGAAUACACUUGGAUAAAUGAUUAUGAUGGUGGGUGCCAAUCUACAACUAUGCUAUUAAUUAAAGAUACAUCAUAUAUUUUAACUGUGUUGGGGAAAAGCUACCCACUUUCUCCUCAUUAGAGCGUCACCAUAACAAAAUAAUACUGACCCUACAAAUUUAAAGUCUCUAAGUCAUUACUAACUAAAAAACACCACAGUCUUUAAUACCUGCAGUAUUGUUUUCCCCAUUGAUUUUAAAAACCAGAGUAAAUACUGUAUAUUAGAAUUUGCUUGUAAAAUGAGUUAUAAAAACUGGAUGUAAAGUCUCUUUCCUGAAAAUGUUGGCAUAGUAAAUAAAAAUAAAGUUCAUAAUUAUAAAA